AAAAAAUCAGUACAGCUUUACCAAACGUUCAGCAAUAACCAACUGACCAACCUAUUUCAAAAUGUACAAAUUUGUUGUUCUCGCCGCCACCUUGGCGUACGCCUCUGCCGGUUUAAUCGCUAGCCCUGCCUUGGUUGCACACUCUGCCUCAAUUGUAGCUGCCCCUGUAGUGCCAGUUGUAAAAGCCGCCCCCGUAGUAGCCGUCCACACUGCCCCUGCAGUCAAAUCGAUCUCUGCCCACUCUACCGUAGUGAACCAUGGUUCCCCAUUAGUUCCAGUCGUACACGCCGCUCCAGUGGUACAUGCUGCCCCAGUAGUGCACGCUGCUCCAGUCGUACAUGCCGCUCCAGUGGUACACGCUGCUCCCCUAGUUCACUCUGCCCCCAUUGUUGCUGCCCCUCUUGUAGUAAAGACAGCGCAUGUUCCAAUUGCACAUAUCCAUUAA